CGGGGUUAUUGGUGGCUUCGAUUGAGCCCUAACUCAGUUCUUCCUGUAUUCUCCAUCAUCAGCGAAGGAAGCUCAUCUUUUAUCUGCUGCAGGAACUUUGAAUCUAGUUACAUAGCUAGCAAGAUGAGUGACGAUGUUUUUGAUGCACAGGCGUUAUCAGACAAGCUGUUUAAACUCAACAGCUCUCAACAAAGUAUAGAGUCAUUAUCUCGUUCGUGUAUUUUACAAAGGAAGAAAGCCAAACAGAUUGUUGAAAUAUGGCAUAAAUCAUUUAAAUCUGCUCAGCGGGAGCAGCAUGUUUCUUUUCUGUAUUUGGCCAAUGACAUUUUGCAAAAUAGUAGGCGAAAGGGCGGCGACUUCGUAAAUGAAUUCUGGAAAGUCAUGCCUUCCGCCCUCAAGCAUGUUAUCGAACACGGUGACGACAAUGGAAAGAAUGCAGCAUCAAGACUGGUUGGCAUAUGGGACGAAAGGAGGGUGUUUGGGUCGCGUGUUCAAAAUUUGAAAGACGAAAUGCUUGGUAAAAGUCCUCCCACUCAGUUGACUAGCAAUGGAAAGACCUCCAACUCUAACCCGAUCAAAAUAGUGAAAAGGGAUGCCAACUCAUUAAGACUUAAAUUGGCUGUUGGAGGUCUCCCCGAAAAGAUAAUGACUGCUUUCCAUUUGGUACAUGAUGAGAAUGCUACUGAAGAUACCGCGUUAAACAACUGUGAAAGUGCGGUUCGCAGGUUCGGAGAUUUGGAGAGAGAUAUUGAAAGUCAAGGAGUUGUACCGGGAUCUUCAUUGCUAGAUGAAAUCCAGGAGCAGGAAAAUGUACUUCAAGAUUGUGUCAACCAACUUGAAACUGCAGAAAGGAGUAGGACUUCAUUGAUUUCCCAGCUUAAAGAAGCACUCCAGGAUCAAGAAUUGAAGCUGGAUGUUAUUCACAAUCAGUUGCAAGUUGCUCGACGGCAAAUUGACGAUGCUGCCAAUUUGAGGAAGAAACUGGCCUCACCUUCUCUUCCUGGCGGUGAACAUGUAACCGAAGAAGACAGCAAGAAAGCAGCUGCAGCCGCAGUUGCCGCAAAACUUGCAGCUUCAGCAUCCUCUGCACAAAUGCUUACAUCCGUUCUUUCUUCUCUAGUUGCAGAGGAAGCCGCCUCAAUCAGCAACGGCUUUAAUUCAUCCGCAUUCAAUUCUGGUCUUAUAUUUCCUCCAGAAAAAAGACCCAAACUAGAAAAACCAAUGCCGGUUUCAGAUUUAACCAAUCCCGAUCCCGCUACUUCAGCCUAUUUUACUAAUAAUAUCCAAACAUCAUUUCCACCCCCACCUCCCCCACUACCAUCAAGUUCUCCGGCGAAUCAGUUUGUUCAGCCUUCUUCUGGUUUAAUGAUGGGUGGAAUACCGUAUGCGUACGGUCCUAGCAGCCUACCGCCGCCGCCUCCUUUGCCAUCACAAAUUGCAAUGGGGAUGAUGAGGCCCGGCCACCAGCCGCCUCUGCAGCAGCAGCAGCAGCAGUCUCAGACUAGUGGCGGAUACUAUAGGCCUCCGGGUAUUGGAUUUUACGGGCAAAACAAUCAGCCUACGCCACCGCCACCUGUGCCCCGGCAGUGAGGUGAUUUGUUGUUUUGUAUAUUAAUAGGAAGGUUUCUAGACAUAAAUACUUAGCAGUUGAUAACAUCCUGACUUGCCUAUGCUUGGCUGGCUUGUAUUUUGCGAUGAUGAUGAUAUACUGUUAAAUUCUAGGUGGGUAUAACUGCACUGCAAGUCAACUAUGUCUUUACCUUUUAUAAAUUUCUUAUUACUUCCAUUUCAUACAA